AUGACGUCUACGUCGUUUCGUGAUUCGGUAAAUUCAUUAGGGUGGUCUCGACGGGAUGACGGUCCUGUUAAUACCAACUCGUCGACCCCCAUUCUCUCGAAACUGCGAUCAUUAAAUCCGUUUACGCGAGACGAGGGUUACUUGAGAUUACCUACCCAUGAAGCACCGGGGGCUCCCUUACCCGCCCCAAAUCGACGGGAGGAAGAAGAAAGCUUCUUUGCCUUGAGUCGAUGGGACCGCAUGCUCAUAUUCGUCGCCUGCAAUUUGGGCGCGGCCGUGUGCUUUGCCUUGUGCUUCUUCCUAUUUAUGGUGUUCGCAACAAAGCCUCGUAAAUUUGCCAUUCUAUGGUCUGUCGGGUCAUUACUGUUUCUUAUGUCAUGGGCUGUUCUCAUGGGACCCUGGACUUAUGCCCGGCAUUUAGUCUCGGGACCCCGACUUCCCUUCACGGCCGCUUAUUUCGGGUCUAUUGUGACGACCCUCUACUUUGCCAUUGGGCUCCGUUCAACUUUGCUUACACUCUUCUCGUCUCUAUUUCAAAUUGCGGCUCUCCUCUGGUAUCUUGUCAGCUAUUUCCCCAUGGGCAGCACUGGUCUGCAGUACAUGGGGCGCUUUGGUGCUCAGCAAGUUACCUCAUGGGUUACUAGUUGA